CAAAUCUGAAAUCACCACACAUAUCGAAUUCUAGAUGAGCAUAUACUCAAAAUACCAAUCACAGUUCCUCAAAAUAUUCACCAUAUCCCAUUCUAUAUAAACACUAACAAAUUAAACCCACCAAGCACAACCUUAUCACAAUCACGGUGAAGAUGAUUCUCUCAAUCUUGUUCAUCUUUUCUCUUAUUUUCUCCUUCUCCAAUGCCGCUGUGCAGGACUUUUGUGUAGGAGACCUUGGUUUACCAGAUAGCCCUGCAGGCUACUUAUGCAAGAAGCCUGCUGCGGUCACUGUGAAUGACUUUGUUUUUUCUGGCUUGGGUGUUGCAGGGAACACCUCAACCCUUAUCAAAGCAGCUGUGACACCAGCAUUUGCAGCGCAAUUCCCCGGGGUAAACGGCCUCGGCAUUUCGAUGGCUCGUUUAGAUUUGGCUCCUGAUGGGGUUGUGCCAAUGCACACACACCCUGGAGCCUCAGAAGUACUAAUUGUCAUUCAAGGUUCAAUCUGUGCAGGGUUUAUUUCCUCCUCAGAUAAUAAAGUUUACUUUAAGUCACUUAAUAAGGGAGACAUUAUGGUUUUCCCUCAAGGGUUAUUGCACUUUCAAAUCAAUGCAGGGAAGGGUCCAGCACUGGCUUUUGUUAGCUUCAGUAGUCCAGUCCCAGGUCUUCAAAUCCUGGACUUUGCUUUGUUCGCGAAUGAUUUGCCUUCAGAAAUUAUUGAGAAGGUUACUUUCCUUGAUGAUGCUCAGGUUAAGAAGCUUAAAGGUGUUCUUGGUGGCACUAAUUAAGGUCUCUGGAGCCUCAUCUGUGCAAAAAAAAGACAUGGUUUCUUAUCAGACCCAAUUAACUGUUUCCUUUGGUUGUAGUUUUGUAUGUCUUUGUUGUGAUUGAGAAAUCAAGUAUGUCAGUGUAAGAUUUUUUUUCAGUCAAUGUUAUUUAAUUCUCAAUCUGCUAAUAAAGAGUUUUCUAGUGUUGUCUUUGGUCUUUGCA